CAAAUAUUUUGGGAUUUUGACAAAUAUUUGGAAUUUGGGGGUUUUGGCAAUAUUUGGGAUUUUGGUAUUUUGGCAAAUGCCCUAAUCUCAUUCCCAAAUCGCUGUAAUGCCAUUAUUUGCCGAAAUAGUUUAGGAUGCAAUUCUCUACAUUUGACACAAUUGACACAGGCAGUUACAAUAAUUAUAAUUCCUAAUGGUACAAUUACGAAACCAGUUUGCGCUAGAGAAAAUCUAAUUCAAGACGCAAGCCUAAUACUUGUACCCUACUUGCUCGUUACAUCUUUAAUAUCCGCAACAUUUAUUUUUAAUCAAGUAAUUAUAAAACGUAAAUCGGUAUUUUAUCCUUCAUCAAGAGAACGAUGCUUUAAAUGGAUGAAGCCCGAAGAUGCUUUUAACACUGUCGUGUGCGUUUAUCAUCUGACAGAGGCUGCUUGUUUAUUAUUGUUAAUUAACGACAGUUAUCCAAAUUCGAUAUAUGCAGAAUUUUUUUGCUAUCUUUCGAGGCUUAUUGGUUAUUCUUUAGCAGUGAUUGUUCCAAUUAGUUUAAUACAUUCGACGCCUGAGUCUCAAUUGUAUGCUAUGAACUCUCGAUGGAAGCCAAAUAAUUAUCUUGAUAUUUUUGCACUCUGGUUAAUGAUCACACCAUUUAUAACGAAUAUACCAUUGUCAUUACUGACAGGCUAUUAUGCUGACAAGAACGAAGUCUCAAUCGCGUCACGCACACUGAUGAACGCAGAGUGCAGAAACUACAAAUUACCAGAAAAAUCAAAUCAAAUUUCUACCGAACCAACUUAUGUAAUAGAAUCCGUAGAAUUGAAUCAAAUGACGAAUGAUCAUGAAAAUGCUCGCACACCAAUCGUUGAAGCUAUAAAACGCUUAACAUCCUCCUCAAAAAAUGGCACUGCUUGUUUAGCAUCUAUAGGCGGAACAACACUUGUAUCUGAACAAUUUGGAUCUAUAGAUCAAACGUUCAUAAAAUCUGAUAAUAGUUCAAAUUUACAAGAUAUUAGAGACAGUUAUGCACAAGAUAAUAGAAGUGAUUUAUCUAGUAGUGUAAUGAGGGCUUGGUUGGUAAAGAAACCGUUAAGAUGCGAUAUAGCUAAAAGUUCACGAAUGUAG